GUGCCAUUCAAGGGAGAAGGAGCUGUUCCUAUAGAGGGGCUUUAGGACUGGCUCUGUUUUGAGUGACAUUCUGGAAGAAAAGCUUCAAGGAGUAAUUUUGUCCCCUCCUGCACCCUUCCUACACCCAGCAUGGCACUGUCCAUGAGGAGCUUGGUCACUGACCCUGCCAGAUACCUCCAAACUUUCCACCUUUUCCUGAAGAAUUCCACUGAGCACCAGUGCAUGUGGGAGUUCGUGGAGAGGCAGCUGCCAGCUGUGAUAGCAAGUAUUGGAACUGGAAAGUCUACAAUCAACAUUCUAAGUGUUGGUGGUGGAGCAGGUGAGAUGGACCUGCAGAUCCUCUCCAAAGUACAAGCCAUACACCCAGGAGUCACCAUCAACAAUGAUGUGAUAGAGCCAAACGCUGGCCAAAUCAUCAAGUACAAAGAGCGUGUGGCUGAGACAUCAAACCUGGAGAAUGUAAAGUUUACUUGGCAUGAGGAGACAGCUUAUCAAUAUGAAAGUCGAAUGAGUGCAGAAAAGAAGUCUAAAAAAUGGGACUUAAUUCACAUGAUCCAGAUGCUCUAUUAUGUGCAAGAUGUCCUGGCUACCAUCCGGUACUUCCACAGCCUGCUGGAAGCAGAGGCCAAGCUCAUCAUUAUCCACUCAUCAGGAACCAGUGGCUGGGAAACACUGUGGAAGAAGUACAGGUCUUCCUUCCCUUUGGAUUCUCUCUGUGUUUACAUUUCCUCUGCUGACAUCAAAAGGAUUCUGGAUUCAGCUGGGCUGAAGUACCAGCUGCAUGAGCUCACAUCCCACCUAGACAUCAGCAGCUGUUUUAUUGAAGGGAGCAAGGAUGGGGAGCUGUUGCUGGAUUUCCUGACAGCAACUUGUGAGUUUUCUAAAACUGCUCCUCCUGAAUUAAAGCAUCAGGUAAUGGAAGAGUUAAGAAAGCCUGAAUGCAGUGAAGAAAGGGAUGGGAAGGUGCUUUUUAAUAACAACCUGAGUUUAAUAGUCAUUGAGCCAUGAGUUAAACUCUUCUUGCUCCUUGAUUCAAAGCAAAAAGUUAGAUACAAAGUGCUAACAGCCACAAUAUAUUUUUCAUACUUUAUAAAUGGCUUAGUUUCCCUCAGCAUUGAUAGAUAAUAGAUAAUUUUUGGAACCUGCUAAGAACUCAGUAUUAAUAUACAUUGUUAUAAGUGAGCUUUAAUACCAAAUUAAUUCUGCACUAACUGUGACUGUAACUCACUAACUGUGUUAGUUAAUUGUGUGUUGUUGUAUGGAUGUUGUAUAACCAGAUGUAGCUCAGACCACCCACUCAGGCACUGAAGAAACCUGACCAUUUCCUAAGAAAUAACCAACAACUAUACAUGGUUUUAGCUUCUUCAUUUAAAAACUCUCUACAGACCAGAUAAGCAAAUGAUAACUUCUCAGUGCAGCUGGCCAGAGUGGAGGCUCAGAACAAGUGACCAUUUGGUGGCUGCUCAAUGGGGUUCCUCUGCCUCUCCUCCAGGUACCUCCCACCUUCCACAUGUAAAGUUGCUACCUGCUCCUGCCUCCACAGCCACCUUCAUUUAAUGGCACUGCUUCUCUUUUCCUUUACUGUCACCUCUUUUUAUGAUAUUGCAUCUGCAAAGCCACUUGUGGACCAAGUCCUUGGUGGCACUGCAGGAGGGAAGUGAUCCAAGAUGUUUGAGGAGCAGCAGUGGUGGGAAUUGUCCUGGAGGAGUGGAUUUCAGUAGUGAGCCCUGUUGCAAAGCCUGUGUUAGGAAUCAACUUCUGUUGUCCCACAUGGUUUUUUGAUGGUUUUAUUUAACCACACAAACCCUCUGGCUGCAGCCAUUCACUAGCCUGGCAGCAGGGGCCAUGCAUGUAGCAACAAAAAUGUAAGAAUAAAGUUUGAUGCCAAA